AUUUCAACAACAUGACAGCUCCGAUAUUUGCUUUGCAUGUGACGUGUCUGCUUUUGUGGACAAUGGCUGAUAAGACUGCUCUAACACUAUCAUCAUCUUUGCGAUUCAUAUCAGUAAGCGUAGGUGAACCUGUGACUUUGGAAUGUUUUUAUGAAGAUGGUUCAGUAGUGAUGUUGUACUGGUAUAAACAAGCUCCAGGACAGAAACCACAACCUCUAUCCAAACUGUAUAAACAUGAGAAAAAUGCCACUUUGUUUGGUGAAUUUGUGAUUGAUUCACGCUUGAAAGUGGAAAAUAGCCCUGGUAAAAUUCACCUGAAGAUUUCACACUUGCAAAUUUCAGAUACAGGUACUUAUUACUGCUUAGGUGGCUCUUCAUAUAUGUAUAACUUUAUAGAGGGCAUUGUUAUCCAUGUAAAGAGCCCAGGAUUGAACAUCUCAACUUCGGUCCAUCAGUCAGCAUCUGAGAUCAUCCAGCCAGGAGGCUCUGUGACUCUGAACUGUACAGUACACACUGGGACCUGUGAUGGAGAACACAGUGUUUACUGGUUCAAACAGUCUCCAGAUUCUCAUCCAGGGCUCAUUUACACCCAUGGAGGCAGGAAUGAUCAGUGUGAGAGGAAAGACAACACACAAACACACACCUGUGUCUACAACUUAUCAAUGAAGAGCCUGAAUCUUUCUCAUGCUGGGACCUACUACUGUGCUGUUGCCUCAUGUGGACACAUGCUGUUUGGAAACGGGACCAAGCUGGACUUUGAAGACAAUGAAGAAUCUCCUGUCUUGGUGUAUUUCUUGAGCGGAGCUUUGGCAUUCACCACCAUCCUGAUUGUUUUACUGGCUUAUACGACAUACACAAUGUACAAGAGAAACAGCACAGACCCUCGAGAAAGAUCCUCGUCUGCAUCGGCUCCCAGCGCAGAGGGUUCCCAAGAUGUAGACAACCUCCAUUAUGCUUCUGUGAGGACGAACAAGGCCAACAAAUCAGCGAGGCAGAGAGACGACAGCUGUGUGUACUCCGGCGUGAGGGUCUAGAAGUGGGCUGUUUCAUUUGUACUCAAUAAAUGAUUUCAUCUCCUGAGGAUGAAUGCACCAAUGCACCUUGCCAUGCACCAAUUAAACACGUUCCCCCAGCUACAGCAAGGCCACGUUUCUUUGAUGUGAUCGAGGUGCCAUGUUUCCACACCUACACACUUGUAGUCAACAACGUGCAAACAAGCAACCACACAUAACUGAUGUCAGAGGUGACUGUGGGCAAAGCUACUUGAUGGAGGAAAACGGACAUGAGAAUAAAGUUUAUAGCCAAUGCGAAAGGCUUCCUGUUUCCCUUUAACACAGCUCAUUUUAUUUGGUUGGUGUUUGUGGGCUAUAAUUGGUGGCAUUGCAACCUUUAAGCAUAUUUGAUUUGGACGUGACACAUUCGAGGCAUGCUAUCAUGCACAGCCUUCUCACAGCAGGGUGAUGCAAAGACCCACCGACAUCUGAUGUUGCAUGCAGCACAAGCCAAUCUCUCCGAUAGCGAGCGCCCACCACAAGUGACGUGUCUUCCUUUGUAACUCGUUUACUGUAAAUGUGCUGAUCGCAUACCUUAAACCCAGAGGUGAGAGGAUCUUUUUUUUUUGUGCCUCAGUGUGGUUGUCAGCCAAAGAUUAGUGCUCACUAGACUUUGGUCAUGUAUUUUUUGACUCUCCUCCACUCUUUAUAUCUUCAUGGUUCAAACAGGAAGUCUGAAGUUUGUUUUCAUGCACAGUAGCCACUAAGCAUAACUGUAAUCAUUCAUUAUGAUUAGUUGAAGUAAUAAAAGCUAUAAUGGAGCUGAAUCAUCCCAAACUACUAAAAUAAUAGCUACUUAUUCUAGAACAUUUGUGCAUAUGCACCCUCAGGACCAGCCAUGCUGGGGCAGUAAUGAGCUCACAUUGUUGUUAGACCAAACAUCUCAUGUCCACCCACAGUAGUAUAGCAUGUCUGCCUGACAGACAGUUGUACUAGCACAAAGGUUUUCCACUGACUAUUGUAUCAUGCAAUCAGGGGCCAUGAAAUUUUUGUUUUGUAAGGAGUGUGGCAAAUGUACUGAAAAAAAAAAACACUGUUUAAGCAAAAUUAGCCACAUGUGGGUUUAUCUGAUAUCACCAUGUUAAUGUUGUUACUUGAACAUCAUGAUUAAUGUCACU